AUGAUUUGUCUCCUAGAACGCAAUUGGGAGGGCGACAAUGAGUUGAACGAGUAUGUCCACAAGCUGCUAACUCAAGCCCCCGACCUCGGCGAUCUGGAGUGGGCUAAGGUGCGCGUGCACCAGGGCCAUGGCGACCAAACCCAAUUCGUUCAACGUCAGAUGAUGGUGGCCAAGUCCUCCAGGAAUGCUGACGUAAACAAUAAUGAGCAACACGAGCCACCUGUUGCUUUGAGAGUGAUUAUCGUCGGCACUUUGCGCAAUUUGAGCGUGUCAUAUGCUAUGUCGCAGCAAGAUGUGAAGCCAAUGAAUGUCAAGACCAUUGUACAGCACAUCGGCAGCGAACAAGACCACGCUAUGCUUGUGCAGGAGUGGCAUGAAUACGUGGCAAUAAUGAUAGAUGCAGUACCUAACCCCCAACGCAAAACGAUGGAAGGAUAUUCGGUGGUUGCCGGUGGAAGCCACCCUCUGCAGAAUCUCUUUAACGCGCCUUCGUACUGGCAGUUCAAUAGAGAUGACAUUGAGAGACCAAACCCGCAAUAA